UUCUUAUAAAAGACGUGACCAUCAACACAGCAGCCGGUGAUCGUUGACGUCUAGUGAACUGGGGCUGAUUUUAUUAGCAAUAUUAACAUCAUCCGUUAUAACAUUAAAACCUAUCUGAACAUCGAUAACCCAACGAUAUUGCAAAAUGUUUGUCCGAUCUACGGCUCAACGUUUGGUCCAUCAGCUGCCCCGCAUGAUGUCCAGACGGAAUUAUGCAGAUCUUGCUAUGGCCUUCACAUUUGCUUCUCAAAAUCAAGUAUUUUAUAACCAAGCUGACGUAAAGCAAGUCGAUGUUCCAUCUUUCUCCGGGAGCUUUGGUAUCCUGCCUGCACACGUGCCUUCCCUUGCCGUCCUCAAGCCUGGAGUUGUCACUGUUUAUGAGCAGUCGGGAUCAGCUAAGAAAAUAUUUGUUAGCUCCGGCAUUGUUACCAUCAAUGAAGACUCAUCAGUACAGCUGCUGGCGGAGGAGGCCGUGGGCGUGGCAGAGCUGGACGUGGCGGCGGCGCGGGAGGUGCUCAGCAAGAGUCAGGGCGCCGUGGCGGCCGCCGCCUCCGAGGAGGCCAAGGCUGAGGCGCUCAUCGCCGUCGAGGUCGCCGAGGAGCUCGUCAAGGCCGCUGAGGCUUGAGCUUGUUUUGCUUCCCUGUUAUCCUGAUGACAUGUGGACGUGUUCCCUGCCGUAAAAUGAAUCAAUAGUUGGAGAAAUGACUUCGGAAGCUUCCAUUGCAUAAAUUCAAACUCUCCCAGUUCUUGAUGGUUGUAAAAUGAUUCAUUUAUGGAUGUUUCAGUAAUUCUGUGAAAUUACUAGCCUCAAUGCUAUAGAUUGUCUUCUUUGCGUUGAAUUAACAUGAGUUGUCUCGUUAAUUCCAGCUUCUAAUAGGCAUAUCUCAUAUUCCCCCAUGUACAAAAAAUGUAAUGCGGCUCUUUGCUUUACACGAAAUAAAAUAUUUAUUAAUAUGUUUCGAAUUCCUUGAAUUUGUCCAAAACGUCGCCAGCUAUUGGAGUAAAGUGUUGCUUCACUGGCGGCGCCAUACGCUUCAAAAUAUCAACAUAUAUGUUAUUUAUUCCUCAAGACACGAUACUAACAGAAAUUUAAUAUUACGUAUAUUGCAGUGAGUUGCGUGCAUUGCUGGAUGAUUAUGUCACGCAUCUCUUAAUGGAAAGCAGGUGCUGUAAUGAUCUGAGGAUCUGAAACCCACCUACGCUAACAAUUUGGAUACCAGUGCUAAUUGAAAUCUAUGUUCAAUUUUGAAGUUCCUUUCCAUACAUAUUGUGAAUUUUCUCAGCAGUAAGUCUGAGUAUCACACUCGGCUAGGCAAUUUUUAUUGGCGCCUGUCGUGUUGAGUCAUAGCGUAGCUGCUGAGAUCGAGUCGUUUAAGUUUCAAGAUCCUUGCUACUGCACCACUUGUUAACCUGACGCUAUGCCACCUAGUUCUAGACUACAGUUGCUGACGCAUUAAAUGUUGUUAAUAGUUCCCGGCAUGGUCAAGUAUAAGCGUUUUCUCUUGACUCCCUUUUCUGGAACGCUUUCUUAAUUUGUUACUACAAAUGUUGGGAUGGUAGCAAUAUUUAUUCGGUGAGAUUAUUAUGGUGUUAAUGGCGUAAUAAUGCCACGUGGCUCACUAUGCCAUUAAGUUAAUUUUGUACAUUUUCGUUGAAUUUAAAUUAAAUGUUAAGCAACGUCCAAACUACGUUUGUAAUUCAAUUACAGUUGACAGCGUC